AUGACCGGUGAGGAACGGGAAAAGGAGACGGAAGAGGCCAAGCCCAAGAAGAGGGGACGCCCCAGAAAGACAGAGAAUACAGAGAAAGAAAACAUAAGGGACUACUUCAAGGGAAAAGAAAUCCCAGGGGGGAAAGAAAUCCCACGUACCCCACAGGGAAGAAAGGAAAAAAAGGAAGGGAGUGACAGGAGUCCAGGGAGCACAAAGGGAGGAGAAGAGGAAAAAGAAGAAGGAAGCGCAGAGAAAACGACACACGAAACAGGAGACCCAGUGAUAACAAGAGAGGGGGAGGAGAAAGACACAAACGAGAGCAGAGAGAGUACAGAAAUAGAAAGUGAGGAGGGAAAAAGGUCAGAGAGAAGAAGGCUGUCGGAAGUGAGGGCAAGCACACAGGCUGGAGAGGAGGUAGGGACACAGAAGCCGGACUGGCAAGGAGAAGAGAUGAGAGACCUAGUAGAGGAGGUAGAGAAAGAGGAAGAGAGCAACAGAGGGAAAGAAGAGACAGCGGAAAGGGUAUGUGUUAGGAGGCUGGAGAAUUGGAUGACGACCUGGAAAGAGGAUCAGAGAAAGGAAUUGGAAGAAAAAAUGAUAGACCUGGAGCAACAUUGGGUAAAGAGGAUAGCUGAAUGGGACCAAAGACUGGAGAAAAACCUAAGUAGCGAAAGAAGGGGUAGAAUAUGCGAGGAGUGUGAGCGCAGAAGGAGAGAAUUAGUGAGGUGCGGAUGCAGGGGUGAAAGUGAGGAGUCAGUAAAGGCAUUAAGGAGAAGACUGGAACGGAAAGAGGAAGAACUGGAACGGAAAAAGGUAGAAAUAAGAGAGCUCAGAAAACAGGUAAGACUGGGGAGGGCUAGGGCAAAGGAGGGGGAGGGUAUCAACAGCGGGAGUGGAGAUGACGAAGGAGGGAAGGAGAAGGGUGGCGAGGGAACAAGGAAGGAGGGAGGGGGGAAUGGUAGAGGUAGAUGGUGGACUCAGGGGCGAGUAGAAAACUACCAGGAGGAGAACAUAGAAGAGAUUAGCCGCCCAAGGGGAGACGACAGAGGGAGGCUGAGGGUAGACUAUGAGGAAUAUGGAGAGUCAGAAGAGAGCGAGAAGAGAGAGGAGACAGAGCAUAGUGCAGGAAGUAGGUCACCAUUAAAAGGGCCGGAAGAGUGGAAGAAGGUGAAUAGAAGUAUGAGAGCAGCAGGGAUGAGCGGAGAGAAUAGGAACAGGAGGGUGGAGGGGAAAGAAGGGAUAGACGAAAGUAGAAUGAGUGACAGGACGGAGGACAAGCACCCAAAAAGUCUGACAGAAGGAGAGUGGGAAGAGGAAUUGAAGGAGAGAAGAAUAAGGAAAAAGAACCUCAUUAUGGAGGGACUGACACUACUGAGUAGAAGAAAGAAGGAGGAACUGGAGAAGUUUUUUAGGGAACAGAUGAAGCUAGAAAUCAGAGUAGAAAGACUGGACAAAUGUGAGAACAGGGGCUGGAGGGUAAAGGUAGAAGAGUUUAGGCACAAAUUAACAAUAUUAGCAGGGCAAUCAGGUCUGCGGAGAAGGGGGUGGGGAGUGUACUUUAGAGAUGAUUGGACGGAGAGACAGAAGGAGAUAAAAAGAUGGUUGGAAGAGCAAGCAAGAGGAUGGAGGAGGAUAGGAAUGGAGGCAGAAACGGCCUAUAACAGCAUACAAAUAGAGGGACACAGGCUGGAAUUGGAUGAGUUAGAGGGAGAGCUGAGGGUAAAGACAGAAGGAGGGAACAGGGAGAAGAGAAGGACCCCACGGCCAUUUCGUGGGGAGGAAAAAAGAGAAGGAGAAGGAAAAGUAACCCAGGCCACUCCGCUGUAUGCAUUGGAACGUGGAGAACGCACGGAACAUCGAAAAGAAUUAAGAGUUAUGGGAAAAGAUGGAUGUGAUACUACUUCAAGAAACGCAUCUAGGAGAGAAAGAGUUGAAGAGGUGGAGGGAGAAACUGGACAGAAAAUACGAGUGGUUUGGGAAGGCAGCGGUGAGGAAGCGCAGCAGAGGAAAAGCCAGCGGAGGAAACUUGGUAGGAAUCAGGAAGACGCUGGAGGCAGAAUGGAGAGUGGAGGAAUGGCACUACGGAAAAACAUGGGCAAGGUAUUGGAGGCGCUAGGGACGACAGUUGAUGACAAGGAGGGAGAGGGGGCAAGGAUAGUAAUUUCAGGGGAUCUAAACGCUAGAAUAGGGGAGCUGCAAGGAUGGGCAUCAUGUGGAAUGGUGGAAGAGGGUAGAAUAGGAGAAAGGAUAGCACAGGAUAAAACUGAGAGAGGAGAGGGAAGGAAGCUGAUAGGCUGGUGUGAAGAGAGAGCUUUCUUAGUGGAAAACGGCAGAGCCAGGGGAGACGAGACGGGAGCAAUUACGUUCAUUGGAGAGGGGGCAGGACUGGGCAGCACACUGGACUAUGUCCUAGUGAGGCUGGAAGAUGAGGAAGAGCCGAAAUGGUUCAAGGGAAUGAAAGUGGAGGAACAAGAAGGAUCGAAUCACCUGCCAGUGGUAUAUAAUCUAGAGUGGGGACAGAUGAGAGGGGCGGAGGAAGAAGAGGAGAGAGGGGGCGGGAAUAGACUGAGAUGGAAAGAAGGAAGGGAGGAAAAUACAGAGAAAAAUGGCAGGAGAUUUGGAAAUAUAAAAAUCAAGAGGACAUAG